AUGUCCGCCCCCAAGAUCCACCUCUACGCCCUCGCAGGCGCCUGCUCCGUAGCCCCGCACAUCCUCCUCCACGAAGCGAGCCUCCCCUUCGACAAAACAAUCUACAACAAAGAAGACCUCAUGAAACUCGGUGGCUACCCCGACGAACUCAAGAAGCUCAAUCCCAAAGCCAAGGUCCCCGUCCUACGCGUCGACAACGAAGUCAUCACGGAGAACCCCGCCAUCUUCACCUACAUCUCCCAGCUCGCGCCGCAAAAGCACCUCCUCGGCAAAACCCCCCUCGAGACAGUCCGCGCCUACGAAUGGCUCAACUACCUCUCCGGAACGGUGCACGGGCAAGCGUACGGGAUGUUCUACCGCCCUGGACGGUGGGUCGACGUGCAGGAUGGGUCGCUUGAUAAGCAUGUGGCGGCUAGGGCGAAGCAGAUGAUUCAGGAGGUUUACACGUACAUUGAUGAGAAGCUUGAGGGGAAGACGUGGGCGGUUGGAGAUGAUUUUACGGCUGUGGAUGCGUAUCUGUAUAUUUUUUAUAGGUGGGGGGCUGGGCCGGCGGGGUUGGAUAUGGAGAAGAGUUACCCGAAUUAUGCGAAGAUUGCGAAGAAGGUUGCGGAGAGAGAGUCUACGAAGGAGGUGUUGAAGGCGGAGGGGCUUAACUAA